AGCAAUGUGUUAUGAAUGCUCGCCCAAACACUGCAUUCUUGGAGAUAAAUGUUCAAAUCAAAGGUUCCAGAGGAAAGAAUGUGUAAAAGUGUUAAGAGUAUUUGAGACUCAUGGGAAAGGAUUUGGCCUUAAAACAUUAAAUUUUAUAAGAAAAGGACAGUUGAUCUUGGAAUAUCGUGGUGAGGUGAUAACACAAGAUAUGGCAAAGGAACGAAUUGAAGGAGUAUACAAGAAUAAAAUACAUUCGUACUUUUUAGAAUAUGAAAAAGGGGAAGUAUUAGAUGGAACUGAGCGUGGAACUGAUGCAAGGCGUGCACCAAAUGGCGAAUUAUUUGUGGGUGUCUUUGCAUCAGUAAAUGUUCCUGCUGGAACAGAACUCACCUACGAUUAUAAUUUCUCGACCUUUGCUGGUGCGGAGGCACUACAAUGUCAUUGUGGAAGUAUUGUUGCUUCGACAGUUUCACCAAGUAAAUAA